AUGCCCACCAAGUUUAUCUUUGUUACCGGGGGCGUGGUCAGCUCCAUUGGAAAAGGCAUCUGUGUUGCCUCUAUAGGCCGCAUCCUGAAAAGUCAGGGUCUCGCGGUAACAGUGAUCAAGCUGGACCCAUAUCUGAACGUCGACCCGGGGACCAUGUCUCCUUAUCAACACGGUGAGGUGUUCGUAACCAAGGACGGCGGUGAAACCGACUUGGAUCUGGGUCACUACGAGCGGUUCAUAGACGUGGAACUGACGCGGGACAGCAACGUUACCGCCGGUCAGACCUACCUGACGCUGAUCACCAGGGAGCGCCGGGGCGAUUUUCUGGGUGGCACCAUUCAAACGGUCCCGCACCUUACCAACGAGAUCAAGGCCAGGCUCAUUGGACUGGCCGAAAAGUCGGCAGCCGACGUGGUGGUGGUUGAAGUUGGGGGAACCGUCGGCGACAUCGAAGGGUUGCCAUUCCUGGAAGCCAUCCGGCAGAUGCGGAACGAGGUGGGUCGCGACAACGUAUUCUAUGUGCACCUGACUUUGUUGCCUUACAUCAUGGCGUCGGAGGAACUGAAAACCAAACCGACCCAGCACAGCGUCAAGGAACUGCGCAGCAUCGGAAUUCAACCCGAUGCAUUGAUUUGCCGCAGCGAUUCCGAGAUUUCCCACGGCAUAAGGGACAAACUUUCGUUGUUCUGCGACGUUGAUUCACAAGCGAUAUUCCCCAUGCCCACCGUGAAGAACGUUUACGAAGUGCCUUUGAUCAUGGAGGAGUCCGGAGUCGGCCGCAUCCUUUCCCAGGCGUUAGGGCUGAGCGGGCAUUGCCAACUGGACGACUGGAGUCGGCUGGUGGACCAGAUGAACGCGGCGGACGGAGAGGUGCCCAUCGCCAUUGUGGGUAAAUACGUGGAGUACCCCGAUUCGUACAUGUCAGUGCGCGAAGCGUUGCGACACGCCGCUGCAUCCUGCGGGGUGCGCGCCGACGUGCGGUGGGUUCAUUCGGAGGCGGUGGAGCGCGACGGCCCCGAUCAUCAUCUGAAGGACGUGUGCGGUAUAGUGGUGCCGGGAGGCUUUGGCCCAAGGGGCGUAGAGGGGAUGGUGGAUACCAGCCGCUACGCACGGGCAAAAGGAGUUCCCUAUCUCGGCCUGUGCCUGGGUAUGCAGGUGAUGAUAAUCGACUGGGCGCGGAAUGUUACGGGACUGACCGGAGCUAAUUCAUCGGAACUCGAUCCGGAUUGCAGGCAGCCGGUCAUUGAUAUCAUGCUGGGGCAAAAGGGCGUUACCGACAUGGGUGGCACCAUGCGGUUGGGGCAAUAUCCCUGCCGACCGCAGAGCAACACGAGAAUGGCGCAAGCGUAUGCAGCGCCGGAAGUAAUGGAACGGCAUCGUCACCGCUACGAAGUGAACAACAAAUACCGGGAAUCACUGGAAGCAUCGGGCAUGAUAAUGAGCGGAUUGUCACCUGAUGGGGAAUUGGUUGAAACGGCGGAAAUCCCUGACCACCCCUUUAUGGUGGGAGUGCAGUUUCACCCGGAAUUUCAGUCCCGGCCCAAUCGUCCGCACCCGCUGUUCAGCGCACUGGUUGGACAGGCGUGCGACAUUGUCAGGGAAGGAAAGCAAUUGCCUUUCCGCGGCAUUCGUGCAAUCGCCGUUCGCAACGGACACGGCAACCGCGUCAAUCGCCCGCAGGAGGACGAAACAGUGAAGCUGUUUCUCGACACGGCCAACAUCGAAGAGAUUCGGCGAGGCGCCGAGCUGGGAGUGAUCAGCGGUGUGACCACCAAUCCAUCACUGGCGGCCAAAGAAGGCAUCGGCGGUUCGGCCGGCUACCGCGCCGCGGUUCAGGAGAUCGCCGACAUCAUCGACGGCCCCAUCUCGGUGGAAGUGGUCAGCACUGAUGCGGACGGAAUGAUCGCCGAAGGCCGCGAUAUCGCCGAGUGGAUACCCAAUCCCUGGGUGAAAAUUCCCAGUACCGAAGAGGGUUUCAAGGCGAUCAGCGCACUGGCCCGCGACGGCAUAAAAAUCAACCAGACGCUGGUGUUCUCGGUAAACCAGGCCCUGCUGGGCGCCAACGCCGGCAGCACGGUGGUGAGCCCGUUCGUGGGGCGGCUGGACGAUAUUGGCCACGACGGUAUCGGACUGGUGGGCAACAUCGUUGAUGUUUACCGAGAGCAGGCGAUAGAAACAAUGGUGAUGGCAGCAAGUAUCAGGGGUCCCCGCCAUUGCCAACUGGCCGCCGAAAUCGGCGCCGAUAUCUCCACAGUUCCUUAUGGGGUGCUGAUGCAAAUGAUGAAGCACCCGUUGACCGACGCCGGUUUGUCGCAGUUUCUGCAAGACUGGCAAAAAGCAUCCGGAGGCUGA